UAACAGUACUACAGUGCAUUCAAGUGCAAAUAUGUUGAAAACAUGGCAAAUCAGUAGACUGAUAACAAGCCAUGGUAUUAUUGUCGUUAAAGGCUCUGUUAUUGACCAUUCCAGCAAAAGAAUAGUGCAUUUGAUGCCAUUAGAUAUGUCUAGAAAAAAAGUUAAAAGGAAGAGUAAGGAAUCCCAAGCUUGACAAGACUAGAAGCAUUUUGUAGUUGCAUUUCCUUUCAUUUCUAGCUCCUCUCUGUCCUUCUAUUAAAUUCCAUAUGAUUUCUUUCACAUUUUUAAGAGAAGCCCACCAUUUGUUUGAACCCUCUUUCUCAUUUUGCAUAGAGCUGAGGGCGGUGGUUGUGUGAAUGUUACUAUGACUUCCCAGAGGGUAGAAGAAGCUGAAAAGAUGUCAUGCAGCAAUCAAGAUCAUGCUGAACCAGAAUCGAAUGACAAUGAAGAAAGUAGAAUCGACGGUGAAAACAUAGGUGAAUUGCUGAGUUUAGGCCUAAACAGGAAUGACCCCAAAUCAAAACCUGCAAGCGGCAGAGGCAAGAUCUUCUCAUGCAACUUCUGCUUGAGGAAGUUUUACAGUUCACAAGCCUUGGGUGGCCAUCAGAACGCACACAAAAGAGAAAGAGGAGCUUUUAAAAGGUUCCAUUAUUCACACAGAAUGAUGAUGACAUCAAUAGGCUUUCCUUUCAAUUCUCUUCCUGUUAGAUCAUUGAGUGUUCAACCUCAUUCCCUUGUCCACAAACCCAACAGAGAAGGCUCAACGAUGGUUGCAAGAUUUGCCCAUGCCAGCACAGGGUUUGGAUUUGGGACAACAUGGCCAACCUUUGUACUUGAAGAGGCAGCCGAUAUUAUCUGGCCUGGCAGUUUUCGUGUUCAUAAUUCGCCAAAUGCUUCAUCCGAAUUGUGUAAACUUGAUUUAAAUCUUCGCUUAUGAUAAUAUAUUGUACUAUUUGUAUGUGGAGUUAGUUUUUUCUCUUCUUGUUUCUUCCGUUGCUAUCAAGGUGAUGUAAAUGCGGGCAAUUAAAUAAAGAUGAUAAUUUUAGGUGAUUGGGAUGACAAA